CCGAGGUGGCCGGAGGAGGGAGCGGGCGGGGGGCUCCCUGUUGCCCUGGUUACGCCGAGGCACGUGUGCAGUCCCGGAAGCGGCUCCGGGAAACUGCCCAGCGCGCGCAACCGGAGGAAUCGCCGCCGGGUCCGUUGGGGUCGGGUCCGGCUGGGCCAUGGAUCCGUUGCCUGAGCCCGCGCCCCGGCCUGGGCCCCGCUGUCUUCUGCUUCUCUCCCUGCUACUGUUGCUGCUGCUGCUACUGCCGGCCCCAGAGCUGGGCCCCGGCCAGGCGCACGCAGAGGAGACUGACUGGGUUCGACUCCCCAGCAAAUGCGAAGUGUGUAAAUACGUCGCCGUGGAGCUGAAGUCAGCUUUUGAGGAGACUGGCAGGACCAAAGAGGUGAUUGACACAGGCUACGGCGUCCUGGAUCGGAAGGCUUCCGGAGUCAAGUACGCCAAGUCGGACUUGCGGUUAAUCGAAGUCACUGAGACCAUCUGCAAGAGGCUCCUGGACUAUAGCCUGCACAAGGAGAGGACCGGCAGCAACCGGUUUGCCAAGGGCAUGUCGGAGACCUUUGAGACACUGCACAACCUGGUCCACAAAGGGGUCAAGGUGGUGAUGGAUAUCCCCUAUGAGCUGUGGAACGAGACCUCUGCAGAGGUGGCUGACCUCAAGAAGCAGUGCGACGUGCUGGUGGAAGAGUUUGAGGAGGUGAUCGAGGACUGGUACCGGCACCACCAGGAGGAAGACCUGACUCAGUUCCUCUGCGCCAAUCACGUGCUGAAGGGCAAGGACACCAGUUGCCUGGCAGAGCAGUGGUCCGGCAAGAAGGGGGACACAGCUGCCCUGGGAGGGAAGAAGUCUAAAAAGAAGAGCAGCAGGGUCAAGGCAUCAGGCGGCGGCAGCAAACAGAGGAAGGAGCUAGGUGGCCUGGAGGAAGACCCCAGCCCCGAUGAGGAUGAGGGCAUCCAGAAGGCAUCCCCUCUCACACACAGCCCCCCGGAUGAGCUUUGAGGCUAACCCAGUGCUCCCUGUACCGAGACCCCUGACCUGAAGCUGAGGAAUCUGGGACCCCGCUCUGGCCGGCAGACAGCUGUCCCGCUCCAGGUGCGCCCUGCCGGCUUGCCAGCAGGAGAGGCACAGUGCGGGGAACACCUCGCCUCCUGCCUCCGCCCAGCGGCUCUCCUGACCCCGGCUUCCGGCGGGCCGUGCGAUUUCCCGCCUGCUGAGGACUCUGGUGUGAACUCAGCAGGGGCAGGUGUGGGGCCCAUGGGGAGGGCACCCCGGCCUUCACCUCCCCUCACUCCUCCCCAGCGGGGAAGCAAGACUACAGGCCAUCCCACCCCCGCUUACCCCCUCCUGUGGACACCUGGCACUCUGCCCGGCCCUCCCUAGGGCUCACAGAGUAAAAACCUUUUGGCCUUUUUUGUUCCAAUUUUUGAGUCCCCUCCAGCUCCUCAGGAGGCCUGGAGCCCCUGUUGCUCUUCCUUGCCCCUCACCUUCCAGCCUUGGGGGCCGAGGAUGAAGAGGCAGCUCCCAUCCUCCCAUUACUGAGGCUGGCCUGCCGGCUCUGGGGAACGGCAGGUGCAGGGCGGGCCUGGGUUGUUUUGGGGUGAGACCCUGCCCCUCAGCUGCCUUUGGACUCCCUGAGCUCCCCAGGCCAGGAGGGGCCUCACUUGUGCCCUGGGCACCUGGCUGCCCUCUAUUCUCUCUUCUCUCCCCGAAGGCCUUCCCAUUUGUUGUGUAAACUGUUUACUGAUGAACUCACCUGAUUCUA